UUCCGGAGCGAGUGCAGUGCGAAAAUGGAAGACGCAGAGGAACAGCAAACUCUGGAACGAGAACUUCGCUGGUUAUUAGAAGAGCAGGUACAUAAAGAUCUUGUAGAAGUUCAUCAUACUCUCUUGGAAUGCAGUCGAAGAUUUCCAUACAGAAUGGGGUUUGAUGACAGAACAGUUGUGAAACCACAGCGCAAUCUUCUAUCAAAUCCAAGCAACACGGGCCAAAUUAAAUGUGUUGUCACUCUCCUGGGAGAUAGUCUAUGUGAUGCUGAUAUAAGCUUCAAACAUAAAUCAGGGAAAGAUAAUCAUAUAUACAAAACUAAAAUUGGACCAGACGGUCAAUGGAGCCUUCAACAGAUUCAGGAUGCAGCCAAUCAUCUGGGAGAAGCAUUAUCUAUAUUCCAUUGCCACGGUGAUGAUCAUAAGUAUACAUCUGCUCGAGAAGUCAUCUUGGUUUUAGAAGAUCUCCUUAAAUUGCUCACAUCUGGGAGGACAUGUCUCUCCUUUCCCAAGAGAAAAUCUAUAGAAGAAUUAGUGAAAAAUACAUCUAUGCAAAAUUUCCAGCCACCUGUGCCAAACGAUGUAGCUGUCAGUUUUUAUGUGCAUUCCUCAAAACUCAUUCUUGCCAUUUAUCAUUUAUAUCAUGCCGCCCCCAACUAUAUAGAAAUAGUGAGUAGACAUCAGGUAGAAUGUACAGUACAAUGGUUAAAUGAAGCAGUGGUAUUGUUUACACUAGCUAUACAACAAUGUCAACAACUUUAUGAUAAGAUUAGAGCAGUUAUGUUAUCAAACCCACGGAAAUCAUCCUGACACCAUGGAUGUAUUUAGAAACAAAAGUACAGACAGAUAUGGACAGUGCGAUGACAAUAUAUACAAGAGAAAAGAAAACACAGUAAACUACACAUGCUGAUAAUUUUGUGAUAUAUUUAUACAAAUCAGUGAGAUAUGAAUGAGACUUAAAAAACCUGUUGACGCACCACGCUAAAUAUUGUUGUAUUCCGGUAUAAACUGGUCAAGGCACUUGAAUUAUUAAGUUCUUAAAUCUCACCUUUUCACCCAACGAAAUGAACUUUAAAACGUCUAAUUCAUCUCUUCCCAAUGAUUUAUAUACGAUAAUGAAUGAAAAUUUUAAGAAUCAGCAAAAUAAGUGAUAUUUUUCUACUUUGUGAUCAUGAUUUCUGCAAGGGACCAGAGGUACUGCUCCAACACUUGAGUGAGUUAAUUGCAUUAAAUAUAACAUGUAUAUCAGCCAUUGUAUAU